AUGGCGUUGUCUCUGGUUUGGGCUCUGCUCACCUUCAUCAACCCCAGCACCAGCAUCGACAACAUCAUCACCUGGAGCACGGGUGGUUGCGGCCCGGACUUGGGCUCCGACCCGUCUGAGCCCACAUUCUACGACGACCCGAAUCUCAGCUACGCAUUCGGGGAAGAACCAAUGAAGGAUUGGGAUUUGAAGCGCAGAGAAUGGCUCAAGCUUCACCCUUCUUUUGCUGCAAGUGAAGAAAAAGUUCUUCUUGUAACUGGGUCUCAGCCAAACGUGUGCAAAAACCCAGUUGGUGAUCAUUUGCAGCUGAGGCUGUUCAAGAACAAAGUUGAUUACUGUAGAAUUCAUGGGCAUGAGAUAUUUUACAACAAUGUUUUGCUGAACCAGAAAGGGACUGGCUUUUGGGCCAAAUACCCACUUCUCAGAGCUUCCAUGUUGGCUCAUCCUGAGGCCGAGUGGAUCUGGUGGGUCGACUCGGAUGCAGUUGUCACAGACAUGGAGUUCAAGCUGCCAUUAGAGAGGUACAAAGAUCAUAACUUGGUUGUGCAUGGAUGGUGGAAUAUGCUGUAUGAGGAGAAGAGCUGGACAAGUCUCAAUGCUGGUGUGUUGUUGAUCAGGAACUGCCAGUGGUCCAUGGACUUGAUGGAAAGAUGGACCAGCAUGGGCCCACAGAACCCAGACCAUGAAAAAUGGGGAAAAGCCCAAAAGUCAUUGAUCAAGGACAAGGCAUAUCCUGGGUCAGAUGAUCAGUCGGCUCUGAUUUACCUCCUCAUAAAAGAGAAGGACAGGUGGGCGGACAAGAUUUACUUGGAGAGUGACUACAACUUGCAUGGGUACUGGUUGGGCAUAGUGGAUGGGCUUGACAAGAUCAGCAAAGGGUACAUGGAGAUUGACAGAGAGGUGGAUUUGCUGAGGAGAAGGCAUGCAGAGAAGAUGAGCUUGUUUUAUGGUGCAAUGAGAGAGAAGCAUAUGAAAGAUCGAGGCUUUUGGAAAGAGAAUGUGAGGAGGCCUUUUGUGACACAUUUCACUGGCUGUGAGCCUUGCAGUGGAGAGCACAACUCCAUGUACACUUGGGAGGCUUGUUGGAAUGGGAUGCAGAAGGCUUUGAAUUUUGCAGACAAUCAAGUGCUUAGCAGAUUUGGGUUUGUGCAUCCAGACCUACUUAACUCAUCUUUGGUGUCUCCCCUGCCAUUUGAUUUCCCUGCUUGA